UCCCCCCUCUCUCCCCCCCUCUCCCCCUCCCUCAAUAUUCCAGUGUCUGGUCUGCACCACCUUCACCACAGACCAGCUCAAGGUGCUUCUGCAACACAGCUUCACUCCUUCCCCGCCUUCGCCUCCCAGUGGCGACACCUGGUGGCGGGAUCCCAAACCUGACUCAGUCUCCAUCCACCACUGCCUCCUCUGCCUCUACUCCACCCCCCUCUCUGCCAAUUUCGGGUUACACCUGCGGACGGGGCGCCACUGUGCUCGCCUGGCCCUGGCCAGACACCUCAGGGGGGCGGGCCAGGGCUUCGAGGGGAGAUUAGGGCUCCCAGGAGCCCCCCCUCCCCUCACCCACCUCAGCUGCAGACUGUGCGGGUUCAACUCUCCGAGCCCCAGGGCCAUGCGGCUGCACACACAGACUGCGGAGCACGGAGAGGCAGUGAACAGGUACCAGCAAAACCUCAACAGGAUUCGUCAAGACAGCUCCCCUGACAAAGACACCAGCCAGUCAGAGCCUUCGCUCAAAUGCGAUCCACGUGGCAACGAUGAGAGGGGUUCAGAAGACAGAGACUCGACCGACACAGAGUUCUGCUGUCAGCUGUGUAGUUUCUCUAGCCCCAGCGUGGAGCGCGUCCGGGAGCACCUGGGCUCCCAGCAUGCCGUGCAGGGGGCGUGGCUGUGCCCGCUGUGCCAGGCGGAGCUGCGAGGGAGGGAGGGGCUGACGGACCACCUGCGGAACGGGCACAGCGUGGUGCCGUCCUGCCUGGAGAGACUGCUGCUGGCUGCUGUGAAAGUCGACGCUCAGAUCUCCACUCGAACCGUGUGUCGCACACUCUCUCGCAACAGUGAUGUCACAGACGCACAGACAGAAACCCAAACGGAGAGGCCGACACUGCCAGCCCCCAAACCAGGGGAGCCCCUCUCCCCCCUCGCCCUGACCCCCCCAGCGAAACCAGCCCCCCACCCUCAGAAACCCGAGGCGGGUUCCGCCCACGCGAAAACCAACGCCGGCCAAACAGAACCAGAGAGAAACGCAGAAUCUAAACUCCGGAGUGACCUCAGCAGCGAUGGUGAUGAUGAGGAUGAAGAGGAGGACAAAGAAGGCGGCGACUCGCACCCGGAUCCCCUCCACCCUCUCUCGGGGCCCCGCGGGGGGGCCAACCCCCGGUUCCUGGACCCCUCCCGCCCGCACAAGUGCCACGCCUGCCAGGAGUCUUUCACCAAGAGCAGCUUGCUGGUGUUGCACGACAAAUCAGUGUCACACCUGCAGAGGGCGAACAAGGGUUUGACUGGGGGCGUCUCCAACAGCCCCCGGGCUCCCAGUCUGAGCAGCAGUAGCGCUGGCAACGGUGGCACCUGUCCUCCAGCCAGCCUGGAAAAACUGUACAAGUGCACCACCUGCAACAUGGCAUACAGUCAAAGCUUGACCUUAGAUAUACACCUUCGUUCAGUCCUGCAUUUUAGCAGAGUGAGAGAGGCCAACACUAAUAAUAACACUAAUAAUAAUAAUAAUAUCACUACUGCUGCUAAAACAUCUAAUAAUAAUAAUAAUAAUAAUAAUAAUAAUAAUAAUAAUAAUAGGAAUGGACCCAAAGGCCUGAGUACCGACCCGCCUCUGAAAGACCCAACAGAAACCAGUUCCAGCUCUCAGUUGCAGCCCAGUGGCCCGUCGGAACCAGUAACUGCCUUCCUCUCCCUCUCCCCUCCCCAAACAGCGGCCGCCCUCCCCCUGUCCUGCCUGUUGCCCCCCUCGGCCUCUCUGUUUGCCCCGCAGCAGGUUCUGUUGCCCCUGAUGCUGAACGGUUUGGGUCAGCCUGCAGGUGGGACGGAUUUGGGAGGGGCAGCCGGGGGCAGAGUGUUGCCCCAGAAUCCUCUGCCUCUGCUGGGGCUGAGUUUCCAGCCCGCCGGGACUCCGUCUCCCCUUCUCCUCCAGAACGUGCUCAAGCUUCUGAGCGGGCCGCGGCCGCUGGCGGGCUUACCGAGCGACUCGCGAGAAGAAGGACGAGGAGGAGGAGGAGGAGGAGGAGGAAGAGGCAAACGCACGCCCAACGAUCCCACUCAAGAGGAGGGAGAGGAAGAGUUGGAUUACGAACAGGAGGAAGACUCACAAAAGGGGUUGACUGAGCGAGGAGGAGGAGGAGAGGAGGAGGAGGAGAAGAUCCCGAACGGAGAGGGAGUGGGUGCUGAAGACGGAGAAAGAGGGGCGCAGGGCGACGAAAACGCAGGGACUGGAGAAGGGGAGGGAAAAGGAGGAGAGGAUGAGGGGAAGCCACAGCAGCAGCAGCAGCAGCAAAAGCCUGGCCGACAACAACAGGAGCUAGAAAAGGCAGCGACACUCAAACGGGACCCCCAAACCGACCAGGGGGGCCCCUUCUCUCCCAGGGGAAGCCAAGAGACCAAUCCCGCUGCCGAACCCCCAAACCAGACCGGAUCAGCCGGGAAGGACGGCCAAGGACGAAAGGAGGAGACGGGAGCCGGAGAGGAGGAGCUGAACGACUUUCAGUCCGAAGUCCUCCGCGCUUUCGUGGAGUCGGAGAGGGACCUGGGGUCCCGGGACCCCGGGAGGCUGGAGGACUGCGAGGCCCUGGCGAAGCUGGUGGGGCUGCCCCCGGAGAGGGUCCGAGUCUGGCUGGAUCGAGCCAGGGGGAGGAGAGGCAGGAACCAGAUCGCCAGCGGCGGGGAAAACCACGGUGGGAUCGCCACGUCGGAAAGAUGCGGUGACGAGAGGGGUGGGGGCUGCUUAAGAGAGGGGUUUCUAGGGGAGUUGAGGCAGAUCCCACCUCUAGCACCAGUGCCGAGUCCUUGA